AUGGUGAACGCACUUCUUCGCGUUUAUGCUAUCGAUAAAACUCGUAUUAUCACGUCACAAAAAUACUUUCAGUCGAUAGUUACUGUUUUUACCAAAACGUUGCUUCAAAUUUGUAAAGACGUACCAGAAGAUGCUCUUCUACAAGAACGUGCUACAAAUAUAUUAGAUUCACUUCUCACAAAUUUUGCUGAAGAUGAUCUUCUCAAAAAAUGUCUCGAAUUAUUUUUUCCAAAGAAGACAACACCAUCGACAGGUAAUGUUUUUGAUAAAUGUUUACGUGAUGAAUCUCGUUCUUUUAGUAUGAUCGCAGAAAUUUGA